CUGCCUCGGCCGAAGCAGCAGCAGCAGGAGAGAGACGGGGCCUCCGCUGCAGGGGAAUCAAACGCCCCCUGAGACCCGGGCCAGAGAGGCGAGGAGGGCCUGGCCCUCUGGGGCUCUGCACCAUGUUACGGGUCUUCAUCCUCCACGCACAGAAUGUCCAGACUCCAGAUACGGAUCUCAGCGAUGCUUAUUGCUCCGUGGUGUUCGAAGGGGUGAAAAAGAGGACAAAAGUGAUUAAGAACAACAUCAACCCUGUGUGGAAUGAGGGGUUUGAAUGGGACCUGAAAGGGGUUCCUCUAGACCAGAAUGCUGAACUUCACGUGGUUGUCAAAGACCAUGAGACCAUGGGCAGAAACAGGUUUCUGGGGGAAGCCCGCGUGCCCCUCCGAGAUGUCCUGGCUUCUCCCAACCUCGCGGCCAGCUUCAGCGCUCCUCUGCUGGAUGCAAAGAGGCAGAGCACCGGGGCAUGUUUAAUUCUGCAAGUCUCCUACGUGCCACCCCCAGGGGCAGUUCCUCUCUUCCCACCUCCUGCUCUUCCAGAGCCAAAUCCCACCCCCACGGAGCUGGAUACAGCAACCGACACGGCUGGAGAGGAAGAGGGCGAAGAUCACUUUGGGACGGAAGAUGAAGCGGAGCCUUCCACGGGGCCUGCAGCGUCCGAUCAGCCCUCCCUCCCCAAGAAACCCCCAUCACAUGUCAUUCAUGGGACCAAGAGGAGAAAAAGCACUCCCAAGAGGAUCCUGUCCCGGAAGCCACAGGACUUCCAGAUCAGGGUGCAGGUCAUCGAAGGGCGUCAGCUCCCAGGAGUCAACAUCAAGCCUGUGGUGAAGGUCACAGCUGCUGGACAGACAAAGAGGACCAGGAUCCGGAAAGGGAACGGCCCCCAUUUUGAUGAGACCUUUUUCUUCAAUGUCUUUGAAUCUCCAGUGGAGCUUUUUGAUGAGCCCAUAUUCAUCACAGUUGUUGACUCCCGUUCUUAUCGGACAGACUCUGUUAUUGGAGAAUUCCGGGUGGACAUUGGGACCAUUUAUGCUGAGCCCAGGCACUGCUUUCUCCGAAAGUGGCUGCUGCUUUCAGACCCAGAAGAUUUUUCGGCCGGUGCUAAAGGUUAUUUGAAAGUCAGCCUGUAUGUCCUUGGCCCUGGCGAUGAAGCACCUAUGGAGAAGAAGGAAGCCGCUGAAGACAGGGAAGACGUCGAGGGCAACAUUCUCAGGCCUACGGGGGUGGCUCUGAGAGGGGCCCAUUUCUCCCUCAAAAUCUACAGAGCUGAAGACCUGCCUCAGAUGGACGAUGCCAUCAUGGACAGCGUCAAGCAGAUCUUUGGGUUUGAGAGCAGCAAGAAGAACCUGGUGGAUCCUUUUGUGGAGGUUUCCUUUGCUGGUAAAAUGCACUGCAGCAAAAUUGUGGAGAAGAACGCCAACCCCCAGUGGAACCAGAGCAUCACGCUGCCGGCCAUGUUUCCUUCCAUGUGUGAGAAGAUGAGGAUCCGGGUCAUCGACUGGGACCGUGUCACUCACAACGACAUCAUUGGCACCAGCCACCUCCGCCUGUCCAAAAUCUCAGCGUCUGGAGGGGAGCUGGAAGAUGAAUUUCCUGUCCUUGCGGUAGCCUCCAGAGCAACAGACAUUGACGAUGGGCUGGGUUUCUUGCCCACCUUCGGCCCGUGUUACAUCAACCUCUAUGGUAGCCCGAGGGAGUUCACUGGCUUCCCAGACCCCUAUCUGGACCUCAAUCUGGGCAAGGGCGAGGGAGUUGCCUAUCGGGGCAGGUUUUUGGUAGAGCUGGAGACCAAGUUGGUGGACCAUGUUGAGCAGAAGGUGGAGGACAUCCCUGCUGAUGACAUCUUACGGGUGGAGAAGUUCCUGCGCCGACGGAAAUACUCCCUCUUUGCCGCCUUCUAUUCGGCCACCAUGUUGCAGGAUGUUGAUGAUGCCAUCCAGUUUGAGGUCAGCAUUGGGAACUAUGGCAACAAGUUCGACAGCACCUGCCUGCCCCUGGCUUCCACCACACAGUACAGCCGGGCUGUGUUUGAUGGCUGCCAGUAUUACUACCUGCCUUGGGGCAACGUGAAGCCGGUGGUCGUCCUCUCUUCCUAUUGGGAGGACAUCAGCCACAGAACGGACACCCAGAACCUCCUCUCCCGGGUUGCAGAACGCUUGGAAACGAACUUGGAAACAGUCCACCUCGCCCUGAAAGCCAACUGCUCCGCCAGUGACUUGGACACCCGGGUUGCUCGCCUGAUUGAUGAGAUCAUCGUGGACUGCAGCCAGCCAUUGGUUGAUGUCACCCAGAAGCCGGCCAGCACCCAUCUGGACCACUACUUGUACCGCUUCCGCACCACCAACCUCGCCCAGAUCGUCCAGACAGCCUCGAAACUCCGGCACGAAGACUCCAAGCUGCAGGUGGUCCUGGAUCAGGCGGAAGAUUGGCUCUCUCGGCUCAAAGCCAUGGCGGAAGAGCCCCAGAACAGCCUGCCAGACAUUGUGAUCUGGAUGUUGCGUGGAGAAAGGCGUGUGGCGUACAGCCGGAUACCAGCGCGCGAGGUCCUGUUCUCCAAGAACGGAGCCCAUUGUUGUGGCAAGAAUUGUGGGCAACUCCAAACCAUCUUCUUGAAACGUCCUCAAGAAGAGGUGAUGGGGCCACGGAUCCCGGCCCAGAUCCGGGUCCGACUGUGGCUUGGGCUCGCUGUGGAUAAGGAAGAGUUCAACAAGUCAGCGGAGGGGAGGCUUUCCGUCUAUGCUGAAACGUAUGAAAAUCAGACCAAGCUGGCGCUGGUUGGCAACUGGGGCACGACUGGCCUGACCUACCCCAAGUACUCGGAUGUCAACGGCAAGAUCAAACUGCCCAAGGACAGCUUCAAACCCUCCACUGGCUGGGCCUGGGCUACGGAAUGGUUUGUCAGCCCUGAGAAGACGCUCCUGUAUGAUGUGGACGCCGGUCACCUGAGCUUUGUGGAGGAGGUCUUUGAGAAUGAAGUGCGGCUUCCUGGUGGCCAGUGGAUCCACAUGCCCGAGGCCUACACAGACGUGAAUGGGGAGAAGGUUCUGCCCAAGAAUGAGAUUGAGUGUCCUCCAGGAUGGAAGUGGGAAGAUGUGGAGUGGGACAGAGAUUUCAACAGAGCAGUCGAUGAGGCGGGCUGGGAAUAUGGCAUCACCAUCCCACCAGACCACAAGCCCAAGGCCUGGGUGCCGGCGGAGAAGAUGUACCACACCAACCGGCGCAGGCGGUGGGUGAGACUUCGCAGAAGGGACCUCACUCAGAUGGAGGCUCUGAAAAAGCACAAACAGGAGGAGUUGGAAGGGGAGGGCUGGGAAUAUGCCUCCCUGUUUGGCUGGAAGUUCCACCUGAAAUACCGCAAGACAGACUCCUUCCGCCGCCGCCGCUGGAGACGUCGGAUGGAGCCCCUGGAGCAGAUGGGGGCAGCAGCUGUGUUUGCCUUGGAAGGUGCCCUGGGCGGCAUGACAGAUGACAAGAGUGAUGAUGGCAAAUCGGUCUCUAUGCUCAACUUUGGUGUGAAUCGACCAACCAUUUCCUGCAUAUUUGACUAUGGAAGCAGGUACCAUCUGCGUUGCUACAUCUAUCAAGCGAGGGACCUGCUCGCCAUGGAUAAAGACAGCUUUUCAGACCCCUACGCCAUCGUCUCCUUCCUCCACCAGAGCCAAAAGACAGUGGUGGCAAAGAACACUCUGAACCCCACCUGGGACCAGACGCUGAUCUUCUAUGAGAUCGAGAUCUUCGGGGGCCCCCAGAGUGUUGCUGACUCCCCUCCCAAGAUCGUGGUUGAAAUCUAUGACCACGACACCUACGGUGCUGAUGAAUUCCUGGGCCGCUGCAUUUGUGAGCCGUCCCUGGGCUUCCAGCCGAAGCUGUCCUGGCACCCCAUCUUCAUGGAGGGGCGGAGUGCCGGGGAGCUGCUGGCUGCAUUUGAGCUCAUUCAGCGAGAGAAGCCGGCCAUCCACCACAUCCCUGGUUUUGAGACUGAGCCAUCUUCCGUUUUGGAUGAGCUGUGCACACCCACUCUCUAUUAUGAAGGGCUUCUCCAAUGGUCUGCAGAUUCGGACCUGCCGUACCCCCCACCGCAGAGGGAGCCCAACAUCUACAUGGUCCCUCAAGGAAUCAAGCCUGAGCUUCAACUUACAGCCAUUGAGAUCUUGGCCUGGGGGCUCCGGAACUUGAAAAGCUACCAGAUGGCCAGUGUAACUUCACCCAGUCUCCUGGUGGAGUGUGGUGGGAAAAUGGUCCAGUCGUGUGUCAUCAAGAACCUCAAGAAGAACCCCAACUUUGACGUGUCUGUCCUCUUCAUGGAAGUGCGCCUGCCGAGAGAAAGCCUGUACAGCCCUCCCAUCACCAUCAAAGUCAUCGACAACAGGCCCUUUGGUCGCAAGCCUGUGGUGGGGCAGUGCACCAUCCAGUCGCUGGAGGAAUACUACUGUGAUCCCUACCAGGAGGACGUGGAGUUUCCUGAAACACAGGCAGAUGACGUGAGCCUCACUCCUAGAGAUGACGUUCUCAUUGAUAUUGACGACAAGGAGCCCCUCAUUCCAGUCCAGGAAGAGGAAUCCAUUGACUGGUGGAGCAAGUUCUACGCUUCUACAGGCGAGAGAGAGAAAUGCCGCUCCUACCUGGAGAAGGGCUUUGACACUCUGAAGGUCUACGAAAUGGAGCUGGAGAAGAUUGAAGACUUUGGGGGCCUCUCAGACUUCUGCCACACCUUUAAGCUGUUCCGUGGCAAGGCGCAGGAUGACAACCAAGACCCCACCGUUGUGGGGGAAUUCAAGGGCUCCUUCAAGAUUUACCCUCUGCAUGAUGACCCUUCGCUGCCAGUCCCUCCUCGCCAGUUCCAUCAGCUUCCAGCUCGAGGGCCUCAGGAGUGCCUCGUCCGGGUUUACAUCAUUCGAGCUUUUGACCUGCAGCCCAAGGACAGCAAUGGAAAGUGUGACCCAUAUGUGAAGAUUUCUGUGGGGAAGAAAUCCAUCAGUGACCAUGACCAUUAUAUCCCAUGCACGCUGGAACCAGUUUUUGGGAAGAUGUUUGAGCUGACUUGCACGUUGCCGUUGGAGAAGGAUCUGAAGAUCACUCUUUAUGACUACGACCUCUUGGCCAAGGAUGAGAAGAUUGGAGAGACCACCAUCGACCUAGAGAACAGAUUCCUCUCCAGAUUUGGGGCCCGCUGUGGUCUGCCCCAGACUUAUUGCAUUUCUGGUCCUAACCAGUGGAGAGAUCAGCUACGGCCUUCCCAGCUGCUCCACCUCUUCUCCUUGCAACACAAAUACAAAGCUCCUGUCUACCAGCCCGACCGGAUCAUCUUUGGGGAUCAAGCUUACAGCCUCGCAGACUUGGAGGAUGGCAAAGCCCCCGACCCACACCUGGGGCCUGCAGAGGAGCGCCUGGCUUUGCACGCUUUGCGGAAACAAGGCCUGGUGCCGGAGCACGUGGAGACGAGGCGGCUGUUCAGCCCCCUGCAGCCAGAGAUCGAGCAGGGAAAGCUUCAGAUGUGGGUGGACCUCUUUCCAAAAUCACUUGGGCCACCCGGGCCACCAUUCAAUGUGACCCCCCGAAGAGCAAAGAGGUUCUACCUGCGCUGCAUUAUCUGGAAUGCCAAAGAUGUCAUCCUGGACGACCUCAGCAUCACUGGCGAGAAGAUGAGUGACAUCUACGUGAAAGGGUGGCUGGUUGGCUACGAGGAGAACAAACAGAAGACAGACGUGCAUUACAGGUCACUGGGGGGUGAAGGGAACUUCAACUGGAGGUUCGUCUUCCCCUUUGCCUACCUGCCUGCCGAGCAGAUCUGCUACGUUGAGAAGAAGGAGCAUUUCUGGAGCUUGGACAAGACGGAGAACAAGGUCCCACCCCAACUGCUCCUCCAGAUCUGGGACAAUGACAAGUUUUCUUUCGAUGACUACCUGGGCUCUAUCCAGCUGGAUCUCAACUGCAUGCUGAAGCCGGCCAAGACAGCUGAGAAGUGCACCCUGGAUCUGCUUGAGCGGACGGAUAGGAUGGUCUCGCUCUUUGAGCAGAAGACAGUGAAGGGCUGGUGGCCUUGCGUGGUGGAGGAGGAAGAGGCCAAGACCAUCACAGGGAAGCUGGAAAUGACCCUGGAGAUCAUCAAUGAACAAGAGCAUGAAGAGAGGCCGGCUGGGCUGGGCCGGGAUGAACCCAACAUGAACCCCAAGCUGGAGGACCCAAAGCGCCCGGAGACCUCCUUUCUGUGGUUUACCUCUCCAUACAAGACUCUGAAGUACAUCCUGUGGAGGAGAUUCAAGUGGAUCUUCCUCAUCUUCCUCCUCAUCUUCAUUGCGUUGCUCUUCCUGGGAAUCUUCAUCUAUGCCUUCCCGAACUAUGCUGCGAUGAAGCUGGUGAAUCCCUUUGCGCUGGCAAAGAACUAGAGCUCUGUGGGAAGAGACACCGACUCCUCCGGGGAUGGCUGCAUAGUGUCUUUCCCGCAACCUGCGAUCCGUCCUCCAUGACACCAGUGCCAAGGGGGAAGGGGGCGACUGGGCCUGCCGGCAGAUGCUGCGCUGUCCUCCAGAUGAAGCCGCAAUCCCUCCCCCACCCUGCAAAUGCUGCUCAGGUGACUCUGCUGAUACCAAAGCUGGACUUUUCUUUUGGUGGCCUGUUUCCCAGAUAGACUGUAGAGAAGUGGAGCCCCCCCUCCCCCCCUCUUGAGGUUUGGACUCUUUCGAUGGGUUAACACAGCCAAGAGCCCUCCCGGAGCACGCCAAGACCUGUCUGGUCCAGUGUCCCGUUUUCAGUGGUAAACCAGAUGUCUCUGGGGAACCGACAAGCAGGAGCUGAAAGCAUGCGCCCUCUCUCACUGUUACUCCCAAGCAACUGGAUCUCCAGAACCAUCCUGCCCCUGAACCUGGAUGUAGCCUAGAGUCCCCAAGACUAGUCGCCGUCCACGCAUUUGUCUAAGCCAGGUCUGUACCACUUUGACCCUCCAGCUGUUUUUUGAUUACAGCUCCCAUCACCUAUAAAGCCCUAAAUGGCUUAGGCCCUGGUAUUUAAGAGAACGUCUUCUUCAUUAUGAGACCCACCGCCCUUUGAGGUAGUCUGGAGAGGUCCGUCUCUGGUUGUUGCCAGUUUGGCUGGUGGCCACACAGGGACGGGCCUUCUUGGUUGCUGCCCCGAGACUGUGGAAUGCGCUCUCUACUGAAAUAUGAUCCUCCCCAUCUCUGGCAAUUUUUAAAAAGCAUUUGAAAACCCACCUCUUCACCCAAGCUUUUUCAGCUUUUUAAAUUUUUAGGUUUUAAUCUGUUUUUGACGUUUAUUAUUUGUUUAAAAAGGUUUUUUUGCAUGUUAACUGACCAGAAAUGAAAGUUUGGGGUGGUGUACAAAUUUGAUUGAUUGAUUAAAUACAUAAAUAAAAUCAUCUGCAGCCACAGUAGCUGAUAGUCAGGGAUGAUGGGAGUUGUAGUCCAGAAACAACUGGCAGGCCAAAGCCCUGGCUUAGACAAAUGUGUGGACGGCUACUAGCCUUGAUGACUCUAGGCUACGUCCAGGUUCAGGGGCAGGAUGAUUCUGGAGAUCCAGUUGUGCAGCUCUGGUCUAAGUCCCUCUUAAAGCCAGGUAAGCCAUUUUGGGACUGCUGAUUCCAUAGAUGGAUUUUGCAUUGUGUGAAGAAGCCCUGCCUUUUCUUUGUCCUCAAUCUCCUGCUGGUCACUUCUGAUCCUGGGAUUGAGAAAGUGGCCCUUUCUGACCAUUUGCUCCACACCUUGCAUAAUUUUAUAAGCCUCAAUCAGGUUUGUCCUUAGUCACUGUUAAAAAAAACACAACACCCUAAAACCCUCCAAACAUGGUAGGCUUUCCUUAUGAAGAAGGUGCUCCAGCCCCUUGGCCAUUCUGGUUUUCCUUCUCUGCGCCUUUUCCAGCUCUUCCAUAUCCUUUUUGAGAUACGGUGACUAGAAUUGCACCCAGUACUUCAAGCGUGGCUGCAUCAUAGAUUUGCUUAAGGCCAUCACAAUACUGCACUUUUGUUUUUGAUCCCUUUCCUGAUCCUUUUUAGCACGGAGCUUGCCUUUUCCACAGCUGCCAUGCACUGGCUUCAUGGUUCUUUGAGCUGUCCGCCAGGAUCUCAGCAUCUCUUUCCUGGUUAUCACCGAUGGCUCAGACCCCAUCAGUGUAUAUGCGAAGUUGGGUUUUUUGUCCCAGUGUGCCUUGUUUUAGCUUAGCCCGAUUUGCACAUUACAUUGUAUGAAGGUACAGGUGUCUGAACACUCCUUUUACGUUUUUGGGUGAAUGACUGUACCUGUGUUCCUUUUCAAAGUGAACCUGGAUAUAGGCCCUUCAAAUGUAUGGCACUGAUAGAAAGUGUACUUCUGCACCUACAUUCAGCAUAACAUGUGAAUGACAGUUCCUGUGUACAGAUCUGCACCUCUGUACACUGUACAUGUGAGUGUUGAACAUAAUGUGUGAAUAGGACUACUGACUUCCAUUGAACUGCACUUUCCAUUUAGUUGCUCAUUUCACUUACUUUGGAGAGAUGUUGUUGAAGUUCUUUGCAACCCACUCCAGUUUCCAUCACCUUAAAGAGUUUGGUAUUGCCCACAAAAUUGGCCACAUGGCUGCAUAACCCAAACUCCAGAUCAUUCAUGAGCAAAACCAAAAGCCAAAGCACCAAUGCAGAUCCUUGGGGGACUCCACUUUCUACUUCCCUCCGGUGUGAAAAGGGAAGCAGAGAGUUGACUCAGUGGCUCCUGCCAAGGGAAGUCAGCCUCGCUGGAGCACUGGGGCAGGAUCUCUCUCUCUCAAUCUCUCUCUCUCUCUCUCUCUCUCUCUGCUCUCCACACCCCAUGAGCUCUACAGGCAUCAGCAAGGUGUGGAAUCGUUGCUCUAUAGAGAGUGGCUCUUCAUAGCAGAAAGCAUUGCAUGGUGAAGAAGGGAGGGUGGUUCUGGAAUUUGCCCCCCUGAAUCAAGUUGUGCUGAUUGUCCCUCUUUUCUAGGGACUGUCCCUAGUAAUUGUCUGGAUCCAACCCUGGUAACCCCCCCUCCCUCUUUUUGCCAUUUGGGGAUGUCUUGUUAAAAGAUGGUUUACGGGAGUGGUUAGCCCGGUCCUCUUUCCGGGUUCAGCUCCCUCCCCAGGAUCCCUGGGUCUGCAGUCUCUGUGUGAGGGGCAGGUGCUGUUUUCCUGUCAGGUGCAGAAAUGGCAUGCAGCCUGCAGAAAUAUGCUUUGAAUGAAUGAGAACACUUUGCAGGGCAGUUCCUUCUAAUUAAAAGAAGAAACCGCCUCUUGGCUUGCCAAAUCAGUGAAGGACAGGCGAUGACAGAAUGGAUGAAUGAAUGAACAGCCUGACCAACACUUUGCCAAACCAAACCAAAACCAGCAAACGGAAACGCUGACUUCUCUGACAAAUAGAACAUGGGAUGCUUCCUGCCCAUUGGCCGCUCUGUCCUGACUGAGGUCGCUGGGUUCUCACUGCACUCCUAAGCCUGUUUACUCUUGCACAGGCCCCACUGAUCUCAGCAGGCCUUACUCUCUAGUAAGUGUUCUUGGUCACAUUGUCGUAUUGUUAGCUAAUUAAAUCAUUGGAAACUUUUUGUGCAAUUGAAAACGUGUACCCAAUUCAUCAACUGCAAAAUUUUAAACCUUUUCCAAUUAGUUUUAAUAAAGAAGUCAUAGAAUGCAGAUGCAGGGCGCUUUCCACAUUACACCCUAGAACAGCAGUGAAAUGCUUCGGCUUGGCAGGGUCAUACUGAAAACGAUCCCCAGAAUCGCAAACUCCUACAGCAGCUAUUUUUCUGCAAUGGACUUACAACGUUGAAGCACUACAUUGCAAAGAUAAAAUCCGAAAUAAGGCAUUGGAAAUGUGAACGGCACCUUGCUGUGGUGUCACGACACUGGAAGUAUGGAAGCACACUUAGGAGAUCCGUAGUGACACUGUGGUAAGGGUUAAUCUGGAAGGCACCCAGCUGGUGCUAGCUCCACUUAUCCAUGGGGGCAGUGGGGGAAAAUAUGCCUUUCUCUUAGAGCUAUUGUUUUUAUUUGUAUGCAAACACAUGUAGAUUUAAUCAGUGAAUUCAUCUGUUAACACACAUACGACUGAUUUGGAUCACUUCAACCGGACAACCACUCCUUUAAUUAGCAAAGAUUUCCGCAUUUAGACAAGCUGCUGAAGACUGUGAUCCAGUUGUCCACUUUUACGCUCUUGGGCAGCCGGCAGGACCGCUGUGCCCGGAAUCAGCCAGCCCCUUCCUCUCCAUGCGCUCAGCAGCUCACGUCGUCUCUUGCUGAAAGGGCUACUUGAAUUGGCCUCCGCUCUGCUUCUCCAUCCGGGUGCUGAGGACCUGAUGGGCAAAACAGGUUUUCUCCAUCCUGCGAGCGCAAGCCAAAAUCAGUUUGGUAUUUCUGCAAUAUUAAAGAGCACUUCUGUGGGAGUGAUCUCUGCUGCAACUGAGACAAACCAGAAGCCGGGUAUAAAGCUGCUUUAGAGCUGCCCUGGAGCAUGGACCCUUUGAAAGGGGGGUGGCUGGGAGUUUUCCGUAUCACCUGUAUAUGCCUUCGAAGCAAUAUAGCCAUUGCGCUGCGGUUACCAAUGAAAUGCUAUUAAACCUC